CCCCCGCAGGGGCGGAUCCACAAGGGUCAGUCACGCCCUCCCGCUGCUGGCUCAGCCCCCUGGUCCCCGGGGCCUGCGGCACCGCUUGGCCGCGGCCGGCUUUUCUCCCUCCGGUCGGAGCGACGUGUUCGGGAAAUUGUUCCUGUAUGGAUCAGCAUUCUAGUGAUGGUGAAACUGGAAGAAGACUACUGUAAACAAACCCAGGAUGAAUCGGGUGCCAAAUGAUGCAGAAAAUGCUCACAGUAGCAGUGUGGAAUCCUGCCCGUCCUUGCGAGAUGUUCACUCUAUCAACGCAACACACCUGAUGGCAAGGAUUGAGUCCUAUGAUGUCAGAGAGAAGAAGGGAAUAUCGGAUGUCAGAAGGACUUUCUGUUUAUUUGUUACUUUUGAUCUCUUAUUUAUAACUUUGCUGUGGAUAAUAGAAUUAAAUGUAAAGGGAGGCAUUGAGACUACCUUAAAGAAAGAAGUUCUACAUUAUGACUAUUCUUCUUCAUAUUUUGAUAUAUUUCUACUGGCAGUCUUUCGAUUUAAGGUGUUAAUACUUGCAUAUGCAAUGUGCAGACUGCGCCAUUGGUGGGCAAUAGCUUUUACAACAGCGGUGACCAGUGCCUUUUUACUAGCAAAAGUAAUUAUUUCACAGCUGUUCUCACAGGGUGCUUUUGGCUACGUGCUGCCCAUCAUAUCCUUUAUACUUGCAUGGAUUGAAACCUGGUUCUUGGACUUCAAAGUGUUACCACAAGAAGCUGAGGAAGAAAACAGAUUUUUGAUAGCGCAGGAUGCUUCCGAACGAGCAGCUCUCCUUCACCCAGGAGUCCUGUCUGAUGGGCAGUUCUAUUCUCCUCCUGAAUCCGCAGCAGGAUCUGAUGAAGAAUCUGAAGAGAAACAAGACAGUGAAAAACCAGUUGUAUAGCAAAUAUGGAAAAGAGAAAGAAAAUCUCUAAGGGAAGUUGGUGGGGAUUCAGAGACUCUGGCAACAGUCUGUGAUUGAGUUGCUGGUGGAGCUGCUGACUGGAGAAUUUAUUCCUUAGAAAGCAAAGGGAAUGGUUCCCAUGUACUGUAAUACCUCACAAAGAUGUACCUUGUGACAUAUGUAUAUUAGAUUGCCUCCUAGGUGGCAUGAAAAUAUUUGUCCAUGAUGUAUUAUUCAGUGAUUCCUGAAGUUGAUCUUCUAAUGACUAGGUAAUUACUGGCAAGUGUCGUCUUCGUGUACCUAAUCAAGAGACUGGUAAUAUAAUGAAGUAAAACUUCUCUGUGGUGGAAGUCUA